AUGUUCAAGCCUGGACUUUUCGGAACUGACUUGGAGCUAAACAAUUCAACUGCUCUUGGACGAGGUACCAGGUUGGCGCCUGACGCUAACGGGCCAUUUUCACUUCCAUUCUGUUGCACCAUACAGGCACCGAUAAACCGCCUUGGCUCUUCGGAGCAAGACAACCGCUUCAGAGGUCCUCCUGCCUACACACUUUUGAGGCACGAAACUCUUGUCAGGGUGCACCAAGUUCGACUAGUCUCUGGUUGGAUUUAA